AUGGAAAUAAGAAAUAAGGAAGUGGUCAUUUAUAUAAGGGUGACAUGUUCAACUUUUUAGGAAGUGAUAAACAUUCAUGUGUUUUUAGAUCUAAAAAUAGAUAAAUACAAUUAAGAAUAUUAAUAAUUAUUUUUGUACCAGAACUAUUUCAAAAAGAGAGUUAAUUAUUAUCAAUAAUUAGGAGACAUAAUGUAUAAUCAUUUUAAAAUAUAUACCAAUUAUCAUUAUCAUUUAAGAACAUAGAAAUAGAUCUAUAAGUAUUCAUUAAAAAAAGAUUCAAAAUGUAUUUUUUAAGAGAAAUCUUUUUUUGAUGAUUCUGUUAGAUCUAUAUGUAUUUCAUAAGAUAAUCAUACAUUAUUAUGUUGUUCAAAGAAGCUAUUUAUUAAAUAAUAUGAUGUAAGAAUGAUUUAAUAAUUAAAAACGUAUGACAAAAAUAUAUGAAUAGUCAUAAUCAUUAUAUGAUUACAUUAGGACCAGAUGAAAAAUAUUUUUUGUAACUACUCACAUUUAAUUAAUUGAUGCUGAUAGAUUUCAUAAUAACUAACUAAAAAUAAAAAAUGAAGAUGUAGUUUUAAGUGUUUUCUUUCAUUCAAUAUCUAGACAAAUGCUUUCUGCAGAUACUUGAUGAAAUUUAGUUAUUUUGA